CACACCUACGCACCAGUUGCUGAUUGGCGUUACGCAUGUAUCCAGCUAUUACUUAUUACCCCAAAGCCUGGGACUCCCCAUUCAUCCUCACCGGAUCUCACGGCAGGAUCUAUCCGUUUCCUCUCCACUCCGCACCAGGGCGCACGCAGCUGACUCUUCCAAAAAAUUACCUGCACGAGAGAAAUCAGGUGGUGCUGCGAAAAUGAGAAGAGGUUUGCUGCUUGUGACCCUGUUCGUCAUCCUGAAACUUCGGUGCAGCCAGUCCAGAUGCGAGGAAACUGGAUCACGCAGAUCAACUUCAGAUACUACAGGCUUGGACAGUCUCAAGCGGAACAUUCUGAAGAGAUACAGUGAUUUGGAUUAUGACAGCUUUGUUGGUCUGAUGGGCAGAAGAAAUACCGAUGCAAACACUGUACAGUCACCACAAAAAAGGGAAAUGCAUGACAUUUUCGUCGGUCUUAUGGGAAGAAGAAACUCAGAGCCUGAUAAUGGCCCCUGGAGGAGAGAGUAUCCAGAGAGGAGAGGCAUUUUUCUUAACAAGUGCAGGCUGAGGUUUCUUCAGGGACUGUAGACACUCCGACUGAAGCAGCCAUUAUGACUACGAUGAGAGAUGAGAGAGAACUCAAACCAUGGAAACAACUAAAUCAACCUGAUUCCCACUUGUGAAAAUGUCAACUGGCUUAUGAAAAAGACCCCAAACUACACAGAUUGUAUUCGUUUUACCUGAAGACAAAAACAGAAUUAGAAGUGAAAGGUGUCUAUUUCGUU